AUGGCUGAAAGAGCAUCCCCAAGUCCAAGAAACCUAUCCUAUGACGGGGCCAAGAUGGAGUUCAAAUUCCCCCAGAUGAACAUCCCGUCGCCAGAACGACAAACUUCGCUUGGUGGUGUCUCCCGUGAAACAGAAACUGAGACAGAAACUGAGCUACAAAAUUACAUUAAAAGGGACCCAGUCUUUAGAGAAAAUCCGGUGGGAUUUCAACAUCUUAGUGCAGUUAGAGUCGAAAGUAGGUGCGGUUCAACUGACACAACGCUGGGCUCAGCAAAGAAGAACGAGAACGGGAAUACCGAUAUUGAGGAAGACGUAGCUGAAGAUGAUAACCUCAGCAUCAUAUCAUCAGCCUACCAAGUGCCGCUGGGUAGUCAAGAAGAUAGUGCACCUCCGAGUAGAAUUCAGUCCUUUAACAAUAACGGAGUAUCGAUCUUUAAAGAGACUCAAUUAAGGUUAGCCAGGGAAUCCCUAGCAGAGGAAGCACAAACUGAGAUUAUGUCCUCGUCACAGGCUUUAGAGUCAGAAGUUUCCUCUAUUUCUAAGCAUAUACUGGAUACGGUAGUGCAAAAUGUUGUCCUUCCGGAAGCAAACUUGGAUAAACCACUUCCCGUUGUUAAACAAACGGUGCCAAACCUCGCUCAAGCUCCUGUAUAUCAACGGUUGACUUCUUCAUCAAGUUUCAAUUCCACUCCAACUUUGAGAAGGUCAAGAACUAUAUUGAAGACAAAUCCAGAGCUAGCUAGUCUUAUUCAACAGUCUGUCUCGAGAGAUCCUUCUUCUCGUCAGUCCUAUAGGAACUCGUCUUCCAGCUUACAAAGAUCAAAAGCCAUGAAAAAGAAAGCAGGAUGGAUUUCAGCAUUCCUCCUAUCCGGAGUUAAGCUACGUAAAAAGUUGAGAAGGUGGAGAAUAAUAGUCACCAGAAAGGCAUUUGGAAGAUUUACAAGAAAACAUAAGCGUUCCAGCAAUGUCACCAUUAUCAAUGCCUCAUGUGACUCGUUGAGGAGAAACAGAUCUAUCAGGUCGAAUAAAGGCCGCAAGAACAAGUUCAAUAUGGAAGCACUAAUGAAAUUACAGAAUCCAGUGAACCUUUCAAGGCUUAAAACAGUAUCAAGAUCUCUCAAUAACGUUCCAUCUCAUGGUGGAGUUUUGGUCCGAAAACAAAGGGAAACAAGCUACAACAGGGAUGUCAUUAAACAAAAGGAACUUACUAAUUUAAAGUUUGAAGAGAUUCUGGGGAACAACGCCAAUGGAACCAGCACCGAAAAGUUGCAAAAAUUGAAUCUAUAUCUGGAAGAACAGCAAGAAAAAUACAAGAUGUCACUAGAGGAGGAAGACAAAUUUGAUAGAGGGGAGAGGUGUUUUAGUGCCUCACUUGGCCUGUAUCGUAGUAAUUUCAAAUUAGAAACUUGCGAUAGUGCCGACUAUGAUCAAAGUUCGCAAAGCGAAUUUGAAGAAAUGGUGCUACCAUUCAAUGGUGCCCCAACUUCCCCCAGGCAAGAGUUCAGAGUAUCUUCUCCAGUGAGAAAAGGGACCCAGAGAAGAUCCCCAUUGUCACACGAUGUGGAGCAGGAGGAAACAGACGAUGAAGUUAUUCAACUUUACAAACUCUGGAGAAAUUAUCUUGGGACCGUGGUCAAACGAAGGAUUGAAAUGAAGUUGGAGAUAGAAGAGGUUACGAAGACCGAAGUAAAGUCUGUUACCAAUUCCAUAAAUUCCCAAACACAGUCUCAACACAUACAAACGACAUCAUUGGCAAGUCAUAAAGAAACACAACAACAAGAUCCAACCAUCAAACACAAGCCAAGGAAUAGUGUUCUAAGUGCCAUUAUCCAAGAGUUUGAGAAAAGAGACUAUGUUCUUUCAGACUCUGAUUCUAGAUCGAUAAACACCGAUGUUACUUCUAUCAACAGUGCCAAAACAUUCCAAGUUUCUCACAUGGAUGCAAUCCAGGUGCCAGAUAUCGAAGUUCUUAGUACUAAUGAACAAUCUAGUGAAGACGAGUUUGUUGAAGAAGUCGCAAGUCUUAGAAUUAAAGACGUGUCAGAAGACCAACUAUGGCUAGAUCGCAUGGGCUCUAUUUCACGUCAAAGUUCUCUAUGCCGUCUACCUUCGAGUGUUCGUAGGAAGAAAGAAACCGAGAAGACAGAGACUGAUCCCCAUAAACAAGUUGCAGCAGACGAAAAUAAAAAUUACAAGAGCUAUGCCUUGAUAAACUCUGGAUUGGGAAGAAGCUUUUCAUUCAACUCAGAAGCCAGUAAUGAUCGUGCAAUUCCAACAGGAACAAGCUCAAAUGAUCGCCAAAGGCUUAACAAACAACUGAAAAGGUAUAAGGAAAGCAGGAUGGCUGUAAUGAAUGAAGGUGUUGCUAAUUAG